AUGCAGAAAGCUAGUAACUCAAGAGGAAACUCGUGCAGAUGGCUCCCUGGAGGAAGAAGACUUCUUGCAUUGCUAUGCCCUCUUUUGCUUCUUUGCACCUUCACCAUCUUUACUUUGAGCUCCAACAUCUCUUAUCCUAGCUUGCUUUUUGCAGCCAAAGAGGCCAAAGAUGUCUGCAAUGGUAAACCGGGUUUGCUGCCUUCUUCAUCUUCUUCUGUACUCCACUCCCAAAUUUUUGGCUUGCAGGCUCAGGUCGGAGCACUCCUGCAGCAACUUCACAACGAUAGCUUAACAGGAUCUAAGACUUUAUCAGCAUUCUCUGAUCAACUUCUUCGCAUAGCGGUUUCUCUGGACAAGGUUGCAGGCAGUCUUUCAAACCCAUCGGGCAGCUCUCUUGCUGCUACUGAAAUGAGCCAAGUUGAUGAAGAUCUCACUGAACCCACCGACGAUGAAAAUGAAGAAGAGUCAACAGGAAGAGUAAAGUCAUUCACUUCAGGUCAGGUUCACAACUACAUAUCUCCAAAACCAAACAGGCAAAACGGUAAGAAGAACUUCCUUGGAAUGGAAGCAAUCACCCCUGCAGUAGGGUUUGGCUGUGUCCAUAUGGCCACACAUCUAGACCGUUUCAUGAGCUACAAAAUGUACGGGAUGUGCCCAGAUGAUUGGGAUGUGGCUCAACGGCUGAUUCUUAAUGGCUGUGACCCACUUCCAAGAAGAUUGUGCUUCUCAAGGGCAUCCCCAAGCUAUUCCAACCCAAUUCCACUGAUGAAUUCCUCCCUCUGGACCCCACCGAGCGAUUCCAACAUCAUGUGGAGCCAUUACAAGUGCAAGAGUUAUGCUUGUCUUGUUUCUGGUGAAGCUAACAGGAGAGGGUUCUUCAAGUGUGCAUACUGUUUCAACCUGACGAAGCGAGGCUGGGAGGUGGCAACCAAUGAGUCCAUCUCGGCUGAAUUCACCAUUGACGAGGUUUUGAAGUUGAGGUCAGGCGAGAUCCGUGUAGGGCUCGAUUUUAGCCCUACAACAGGAACUUUUGCUGCACUUAUGAGAGAGAGAAGUGUGACCAUUGCUUCAGCUACAUUAAACUUAGGUGCUCCUUUCAGUGAGGUGAUUGCACUGAGGGGGCUCUUGCCUCUGUAUGUAUCAGUUGGGACGAGACUGCCUUUCUUUGACAACACGCUUGACAUUGUGCACUCAGUCCUGUUCCUGGACGGGUGGAUAGGAGUCGAGCUACUCCGGUUUGUGCUGUUCGAUUGGGACCGUGUCCUUCGACCCAGAGGGUUACUUUGGGUCGAUCGCUUCUUCUGCAAGAAAGAGGAUAUGAAGAUGUACCUUGAUGAGUUCGGAAGGCUUGGAUACAAAAAGCUGUUGUGGAGAGUUGUGCCGAAGACGGACAAACUUGGGGAUGAGCUUUUCUUCUCUGCUGUUCUGGAAAAGCCUACCAGGACAUAA